AUGGACAUCGAUGCAUAUUUAGAUGCUUUUCAAGCGGAGCUCAAGCGGCCCAAACGGCCAGUAUUUGGGGGUCCACCCGCAGCUGGGGGAGUGGGACCUUCCAAGCCUCUCUACAUGGCGGCUGGACCGAUUCGGAGAGGAAGCACUAGUCAGCGGCCUCAAACGAGUCGGACUAUUGAGCAACAACAAGCCAUACAAGAUGUCCACUCUGGUAAAAAUGUUUUCAUGACUCAGGAAGAGCGUGUCAAAGCUAUCUUCACGGACCUUAAAGAAAUCGCUCAAACCAAUGAAGAAGUUGCAGAAGGUCUACGAAAGAUCGUAAACGAGUCAAAAUUCAACGAGCAACUGGCAAUAAAAGAAAAUGCCACAGGAAUCGCAACUCUUCUCAGUCUCGGAAAUGCGAAACGAGCUUCGAAAGUCAUGCUUCUUACUGCUGCAGUCAAUGUUUUAGGAGACGAUAGGAGUGUUCUGAGAAGCAUUGCCACGACUUUCUUUGGUCAGGAAUCGUAUUUUGUCUGA